CUACAGUUUGUUCCAAUAUUGUAGUGGAAGAAUAGGGGAACCAAAUCAUAUCGAAAUCGAACCGAACCGAUUGGUUGUUUCAUUGUUUCCACGAGAAAAUCAUGUCCUUUCAGCUCCACCACCGGUUCAAUGAGGACGGAAGUUCCACGUACACCGUAAUGUGCGGCCUGGAUUACAUCGAAGACCAUCUCGGGAACAUAACCGAGAAUCCAAUCCGGAGGCUCCGAUGGUCAGAGGAAGCCAAUCUGUAUGAGGUAAUCGAAGAGGGAGACGAAGUCAACGAUCCGGGCAGGACUUUAUACAAGCAAUCAUCCAGCUUGGACGAGGACGGAUUGCUGAAAACGGGAUUGAGUGGGGUCGACAGCAUUCUAUACCAGAACAGAACUAAGGACAACAUAGUCUUAGCCCGUGAAUGCUGGUGCGCUGCCAUUUUUCAGGGUACUCUGAAUGAACCGGGACAGCCGGUCGACAGCACAAGCGUUGUCCGGAAUCCCCCUGUGUGGUGCCCUGUCGACACCAAUGGCGACUUCAACGACGGCAAGCCUUCAUUCGGGGAUCCCAACGUCUGCCGGGCCCAGGCCAUAGUCGGGCAGGAUGGGGUGGUCCACACGGCACCGGGAUCAUACCUUGCUGCUUGCUACGUGGAGGAUCGGUUGGCCGAAUUUGUCCGAAGCGCCUGGCCCCUCUGCUGCUUCUGGGUAGCCAUGCUGAUCUAUCUCUGGUUUGCGACCAACUACGGCCGGCGCUGUCGAGGUUAUGUGUGGCGAACGACAAUGCUCUUCAUGCACGGUCGCUGUUGCGUAAUGUGUGGCGGGAGCCCCCUCCGCCAGAUCGAAGCUCCUCCUCCUCCGGACGUAGAAGAAGGCAGAUCACCCGUUGCCGCAAGGGGAGAAGGCGGGGAAAUUGCAGUGGGGACCACUUUGGAUCAAUCAACCCCCACGGAAACCAACAACUCUAGCAACGAAAAUGAAGACCAACCCAACAACACUUCGAUGGAGUUGGUGGUUCCUACCACCCGUAACACGGAAGACUCUGUACAAAAUGGAGACGACCUUCCCCCUCCUUACAUCGACCCCUGGUUUGGCAGCUACGAAAACUACGAGAUGCUUGACCACGAUAUGAGGGACCAGGCCGAGCGGACGAACAAUGAAUUCAUUUCGUGGCUAUGGUACUCGGCCGUUCAGAUGGAGGAACGAAGGGUCAAGCGUGAACGAUUGCGACGCCGGCGAGAGGAAAGGCGGCGUCGUAGGAGGGGAGAGGAUCCCGAUGAAGGCAGCAUGCUUUCAACAGAACAAGAGAACCUGCGCGCUAUGUUGGCUCCGGUGUAUUGGUGGCCUCCAGCCUAUCCCGAUGGAGGCCGGUGGGAGCACCUGGUGAACCUGACCUCGCUCGACGCAAGGGUCCGUCGGGAACGAAGGAGGCGCCGGCGUAUGUUGCGCACCGGCGAUAACAAUGAAGAUGACGACAGCAAUGACGAUUCACAGCCGCAGCAGGAAUGCCUCUUUCUCCGCACCAAGGUAUUCUGCCCUUCCAAACCAGAAACCAUCGCAGACCACGAGCAUUUCGAAGCGGGAAAACGCGAUAGAGACGACAAUCAAGAUGUAUCCGUCGAAGACACCAACAAGAUUCGAACAAUUGGUGGCGCAGACUCCACGCCUUCUGAGAAGAAAGAUGAUUCUCCCCCGCAGACAACGAGUACCAUUGCUGUUGAAAACUCAAACAGUGAUGACAGUGAAACCAAUGAUCCCGAUACGACCAUUGCAAACAGCUACAGCAACCUCGAAGAGGAGGAUAUCUCCGAAAACACAUGUUCCAUUUGUUUGUGUGAAAUCGAGGAGGGUGAGUUGGUUGGGGACAUCCCUUGUGGACACUAUUUCCACAAGGAUUGCCUCAAGGAAUGGCUGAUGAAGAGCAACCACUGCCCGUCGUGCCGGCGUCCCGGCAUUGCGUUGUACCAAAGAACACGGCGAUGAGUGAGCGAACCAACUCGAUUCAAAGCGGAGGAACGCUGUCGUAUGUCAUGGUGCGGAUUGAAUAUGCGGGGGGUGAUGACACCUCAUCAAAACAUUGCAAAGAUGUUUGAUGCGCACACGAAUAAAAGUUUCUUUCUAUUCAUUGCCACAUAUUCGAACACCUCGCGAUCAUAUCGAAUGGAUUAGGAAAAAAUAAUAAUCUGUACUAUAAUGGUGAACGCGGCUUGCACACAAACGAAAACUAAAAUUUUAAAUUUAAU